AUGAGUCUCUGGAAGCGUAUUCAGCGAAUUGGCAUGAAAGCUGCCAAAUUUCAAUUUACUGUAUCAUUGGAAGAGCUGUCAAUAAGAUUUGAGAAGGGAUAUCGGCCAAAGGGUGUUACAAUUGUGUUUACUCGCCGGGGCAGGCGCUGUACAUCUCAGCCCAUAAUGCUGCAAAAUUCCUCACCCGAGGAUUCCUCGCUUUCAUACAUGUGGGCUGUGCCGGAUAAUUUGGAAGUUGUAACAACCCUCUACCGAAAUGAAAAGGAUAUCUCCUUUGAAGAUAAGGAAUGGACUUUUCAAAUCGAAGAUGUGUGUAUGUCAGUAGCCGAGUUUAAAGAAGCUGCGCCAUCGGCAACCACUAGACGGCGUGUUUUGGCCACCCGCAGCCUCAACUUGGCCGAAUUUGCAUCAGCAUUACCCACACAGAAUAACCUCAAGGUGAAACUUCGAGCGGCCUCCAAGAAGGUUUCCUCCGCCACCCUAUUGUUCACUCUUCACGGCCUCAUGCUCCGAUCAGGCGAGGCGACGGAUGAGGAUAUGAUUUCAGUUGCCUCCUCCAUGUCACUCACCUACGCACCACCCUCAGCCUACGGAAGCAGGUGGAGCAAUGAGUCGCCCAUUCCUGAGUCAGAAACCUUCUAUAACGAUGUAGCCAGCAUCUCCAACCGAUUGAAAGCUCUUGAGCACUGUCCCGACCUCCAUGAAGUCGACGAAGAGGCGGCUGAGGCUGAGGCGAAGAAGGAGGCGGCGAAAAGCAUGGACGUGGGGCAGACCGAAGGCACUCGCAAUUCACAAGCGGACAUCGAUGGCCUGGGCUACUCCUCCACGCUGCCAACAAGCCAACUAGAAAAUCAGGCCAAGGUCACCUCUCAGACGGGACAAGACCUAUUGGCCUGGUGUCAGGAGGUCACUGCCACCUACCCCGGCGUCAAGAUCAAAGAUCUCACCAUCUGCUUCCGAUCGGGUCUUGCUCUCUGCGCAAUAAUCCACCACUUCCAGCCGCAGGCCAUAGGCGAUUUCGAGUUAGUCCUAGCAAUGACCCCGACGGAGCGUGUCCGAUUGGCCUUCGACGCGGCCAGCCGAUUUGGCGUUGCGCGGGUGUUUGUGGACCCUUGUGAGGUGGUGCGGGGGCGGGGCGGGGCUCCCGAUCGCCUCUCCAUGAUGACCUACCUCCAUCAGCUACGCACCUGCCUUAUCGCAACGGCAGCUACUGCACCGAAAGAGGAGGAGGAGGAGGAGGAGAAGAAGAAAAAAGUGGCCGCUGCUGCACCUCUCGAUGGUGCCGCUGAUCACCAGCAGAACGAAUCGGAGGUAGAUAAGGACUCCGUGAAUAAAUCCACAACAAAAGCAAAAAAGAAAAAGCAAGUGAAUUCAGGCGGCAGCAGUGCCUCCGAGCGCUAUGAGCAGCUGUUGACGAAAGCGCGAACCCUUCUGACGGAGUCGAAAUCGUCAGAUAAAAACGAUUCCUUGGGUGCUACGACUACCAUAACCACCACUGAUGAUCACGCCGUCGAAUCCCCCAGUCUUGCCACCUCAAAACACGAGCUCGACGGUGCAUCGCCAACGACGGGAAAUGUAAAGGCACGCAAAUUAAAGCUCUCCAACCUCAAGCUCUUCUCAGACGGUCUGGAGACGCACUUGAGCCUCAACGCCUCCCCUAGUAAAUCCCCCAAGCCCUCAACUAUCGCUGCGCAGUUGUUAACUCUCACCGUUUGCUUUUUUUGUUGUGUUGCAGCCCUCCAAUCUGCCGAGGCAGCGGCCUUGGCGGCGGAACAGGAGGCGUUGGAUUGCGAGGCGCCAGACCUUGAACGACGCCUGCGUGCGGUCAUGGGCUCUGGGACGCCGGAGGAGGAGAUACUCAUGCGGCGCUGGUUCCAACUCAUCUCCCGUCGCAACGCCCUCGUUCAUCGCUCCUAUCAACUCUCCAUCAUGGAGAAGGAGUCUGAUCUGGAGCGGACUACAGUCCUCCUGAACGCGGAAUUACGCGAGCUGAUGGAAAAAGAUGACAGCCAGAAGACCGCCGAGGAUCGCGCUCGUGAGGAGCUUCUGUUGCGUGAGGUCGUGGAGGUGGUGAACGAGCGCAAUGAGAUUGUCCAGGAGUUGGACUACCAGGAGCAGGCUCUCGUCAACGAGGUGGAACUAGGCCUGCAGACUGACGCAAUCACCCAACAGACCUUCCGUGCGAUCUCCGGAGGCGGUGACGCUGGAAUGAUACAAUCCUGCAUCAUCCAGUGA